AUGACGACACAGGGCAUAGUGCGGGGGUAUUAUGCACCCCACCCACCGCACUACACCUACCUCGGCAUACCCUACGCCCGCCCGCCCACGCGUUACGACAGGUUUAAGGCACCAAAGCCAACACAACCAUGGAGCGGAAUAUUCGAAGCCACGCACCGGGUCAAGUGCCUCCAACCAGAUGGCUCAGGAGAUGAGAACUGCCUGGUGGUGAAUGUAUUCACGCCAGAAAAUGCUACGUCGAUUCCUGUCAUUGUUCAUUUUCACGAUGGCGGUUUUCAAAAAGGAUGGGGUUCAUUCAAAGUUCCUUUAAAAUUACUUGAAAAAAGUUUUGUGUUUGUUAGUUUUAAUUACCGACUCGGCGUUCUUGGGUUUUUAUGUCUAGGAACAGAGACUGUGCCUGGAAACGCCGGUUUGAAAGACCAAGUAGCGGCAUUAUACUGGGUCCAAAGAAACAUCGCAAAAUUUGGAGGUAAUCCAUCAGAUAUCACUGUUUACGGAACAGGGACGGGCGCUUCCUCUAUAGAAAUACUUUUGCUAUCUGGUUUAACAACGGACCUCUUCCAGAAGGCUAUAAUCGAAUCAGGAUCAGCCCUAUCACCAACUACAAUAACACAUGAACCAAUUUCAGACGUACUUAAUUUGGCAAAAAGUUUAGGAAUUGAAAAGGCUGGCCUGGAAACUAUCAAAGACUUUUAUCAGCUUCCAGUGAAGAAAUUCUUGAAUUCUUCUACCAUUUUCUUACCCUGCGUCGAGAAAGAAUUACGUUUGUCUCACAGCAUAAUAGAUAAAGAUCCCCGAGAGACAUUCCAAAGUAAAAAAUAUCAACACAUUCCAAUGAUGAUUAUCUAUACGAAUGCUGAAGAAGUAUCAAUAGUUACCGGUGUUGAUGAAAGAUUUAAGACCAUACCUGAGGAUUUUCAGGGUCUACUUCCACAUGAUUUAGUGUUUGAAAACAGCGAUACAAAGCACAAAGUCGCAAAAUUAGUCAAAGACUUUUAUUUCGCAGAAAUAGAAUCAACAGUAAGUAUUACUCAGAGCUACGUGGACUUUAUUAACGAUGUAUUUUUGGAAUAUCCUGUAAUCAACGACCCCACUCCUCUUACUACACCUCUUAUAUCUGAAAUUUGGCAGCCGGUGGUCACACACACUUCGGAUGGUAACGUCAUUCUGCGCAACAUACUGUGCCUUAUCUUUAAUGGGAAUAUGAAAAAUGAAGAGUUAUCUGGCCAGCAGUAUACUUUCUGGGAUCGAAUUUACAACAAGUUUUAUAUACAAACUUUUCAAUGA